UCUCCGGAGAGAGGUAUAAAAAGAGGGCGCUUACAUUCAGCAUGGCUGACUGGUGCAGAUUACACUUCCUCCUUUGAUAAACCUAGAACAGUUGUUUGGUGAAUCAGAGCUACCUUGUCGAUAAUGGCACAACGCCAGUUGUGACCAGCCAGAAGGUUUGUGACAGAGAGAGAGCAACAGUCCGGUGUACUGCACAGUAAGCCUACGGCAAGGGUACCACUUUUGUUUCCCUCAACAGCCCUAAAACUAAGGACAGUGACUGUACUGCUGACUGCUGUCUGCCCCCUACACGGGUACAGGCUUCUACUUCAGUUGGGCAGAGGAAUUUAACUCAUUGAAGGGUGCUGCUACCUGGCUGUCUUUUAAGAGAACGGAGGACUGGAAGCUAUGCCAAUGGACCAAGUAAACACACUUACAUGGAAACCAAAUGAUGAAGUUGUCUGUCAGUAUGACUUUCCUGGAAGGUCUCGGGACGAUCUGCCAUUUCGACGUGGGGAUCUGCUUGUCAUCGUCAAUCCCACUUCGGAUCCAAACUGGUUCCGUGCAAGAAAUUCAAAUGGUGUUGAGGGCAUGAUACCAGCUAAUUAUGUAACGCUGAGAAGAGUUGUCACACUUCAUGCAAUGCCAUGGUUUCACGGUAAAAUCUCCCGCGGUGAAGCUGAGCAGCUCCUGCAGCCUCGUCAGGAUGGCCUCUUUCUGGUGCGAGAGAGCAACAACUACCCUGGAGACUACACACUGUGUGUGUGCCAUGAGGCCAAAGUGGAACAUUACCACAUUCUAAUCCAGAACAAUAGAUUGACCAUUGAUGAAGAGGUCUACUUCAAAAGUUUGGAUGAGCUUGUGCAGCACUACACAAGUAAUGCGGAUGGUCUGUGCACUCGACUCAUAAGACCUGUGAAGAAAGCAGGCGAUAGUUUCGGCACAGUCAGCAUACAAGAUUUUCGAAGCGGAGGAUGGGUCAUCGCAAGGCAGGAUGUUGAACUGGGGGAACUGAUCGGGAAAGGGGAUUUCGGAGAUGUGUACAAAGGAACUUACAGAGGUCAACCAGUAGCUGCUAAACAGUUGAAAGACAGAGAAAGGGGUGGACAGUCAUUUUUGCAAGAAGCUUCUGUUAUGACAUCGCUUCGACAUGAAAACCUAGUGAAGCUGAUUGGCGUGGUCUUGGGGGAAACCAUAUUUCUUGUCACCGAGUUUAUGGGCAAAGGAAGUCUGGUAGAAUACCUGCGCACAAGAGGUCGCAAUGUCAUCACAAAGAAGGAUCAAAUUAACUUUGCCACAGACACAUGUUCAGCCAUGAACUAUUUGGAGAGCAAAAGUUUGGUGCACAGAGACCUCGCAGCAAGGAAUGUGUUAGUUCAUGAUGAUGGUACAGCAAAGGUGUCUGACUUUGGCCUGGCUAAAUUUGGUGACUUCAGUUUAUCUAGUCAGAGGUUUCCAAUCAAGUGGACAGCCCCGGAGUCUUUAAGGAACAAUAUAUUCACCAACAAGUCAGACAUGUGGAGUUUUGGAGUUUUGUUGUGGGAGACGUACUCAUUUGGAAGAGUCCCUUACCCUAGAAUUCCAUUAGCUGAUGUUGUGAUGCACGUUGAAAGGGGAUACAGAAUGGAAGCUCCGGAAGGAUGUCCUGCUGAGAUAUAUUCCAUCAUGAAACAGGCCUGGGAGAUUCGACCUGAAGCCCGACCCACUUUCCAUGAAGUUCUAGGAAGACUUGACCACUUGAGAUCUGUUACUGUAUAGUCUUUUCCCCCCUUUCCCUUCCUCUAAUAUUUGCUUAACUAUUUAUAGAAAAGAUUGGGGUGUAUUCCAUUUUUUUCUUGAGAGUGGAGCAUAGGCUUGAUGCAGUUUGCCAUUUAGUUGUUGGAUUUCAUUUGAAGGGGUGCUUGCAAGUGAUGGCUACAGUUGUUUAAAAUUUUUAGUUCAGAGGUUGAUACAUGUUUUGUGCUUUUGGUAUAGCAUAGACCUUGAUAGAUAUAUAUAUAUAUAUAUAUAUAUAUAUAUAUAUAUAUAUAUAUA